AUGCCAGUUCGCUUUCACCAUCAUCUCCUUGGUCAAGUUCAUCAAAAUGAUGUACCGACAUUAAAUGAACUCUAUUUUCUUGUGCAAGCAGCUGAUCAAAUAAGUCAUAGGCUUAGAGUUGAAAAUGAUGUAUUACAUGAUGAUAAUAUCAGACUCCAAUCACAUAUUAUUACAUUAAUUGAAGAAAUUAAUCGAUUACAUGAGGAAAUUCGAAGUACAUUUAUAUCAGAUAUGCUUCGUUUAAUUAACAUAGAUGACGAACGACCGAUGACUAAUAAAGAAUCACAAAUUCUCGAUCUUUACACGAGAAAGAUGCGUAGUCUAGAAAUUGAAUUGAAAGAUGCUAAAGAAAAAUUAAACAUGUAUGAAUCUCUUUGGUAUGCACCUAAUGAUCGUAUGAAUUGUCUCAAAUGUGGAGUUGCUCUUCCAUGUGGUCAAUAUAUCAGUACAGAUAAUGAAAAAUAUACUAAUAUUAUUAUGUAA